GCGCACGCGCGGCGCAGUCUUGGUUCAGAUUGGAGUGUGCAUCAUUGAGCAGUGACGCUUCGAAGAAUUUGAUUACGAUUUAUCCAAAGAUUUGACCUGACACUUAUCAGACAUGGCUGAUGAAGGAUUUGUUGUGCGGGUGCGAGGAUUGCCGUGGUCCACAUCAGUGGACGAAGUUUCCAGGUUUUUCUCAGAUAGUAAAGUUGCGAACAAUGGCACAGCAAUCCACUUCACCUACACCAGAGAAGGCCGGCCUAGUGGAGAGGCUUUUGUGGAACUGGAAUCAGAGGAUGACUUGAAGAUUGCCCUCAAAAAAGACAGGGAAUCCAUGGGACACAGAUAUGUGGAGGUGUUUAAAUCAAACAACGUUGAGAUGGACUGGGUCAUGAAGCAUACUGGCCCUAGCUGUCCAGAGACUGAUGGGGAUGGGCUUGUGCGGUUGCGUGGUCUGCCCUUUGGGUGCAGCAAAGAGGAGAUUGUCCAGUUCUUCUCAGGGUUGGAAAUCGUGCCAAAUGGGAUAACAUUGCCGGUGGACUUCCAGGGGAGGAGUACGGGGGAGGCCUUCGUGCAGUUUGCAUCACAGGAUAUAGCUGAAAAGGCUCUAAAGAAACACAAGGAAAGAAUAGGGCACAGGUAUAUUGAAAUCUUCAAGAGUAGUCGUGCUGAGGUGCGAACACAUUAUGAGCCUCCACGCAAAACCAUGGGCAUGCAGAGACCCAGCCCAUAUGACAGGCCCAGCGGCGGGGGAGGAGGCCGAGGCUACAACGGCAUGAGCCGAGGCGGCUCGUUUGACCGGAUGCGGCGUGGAGGCUAUGGUGGAGAUGGACGUUACAGUGAUGGUGGCUCAAAUUUCCACAGCACAACAGGUCAUUGUGUGCAUAUGAGGGGACUACCUUAUCGCGCCUCAGAAAAUGACAUCUAUAGUUUCUUCUCUCCACUGAACCCGGUGCGCGUGCACAUUGAAGUUGGGCCUGAUGGCAGGGUGACGGGGGAGGCAGAUGUGGAGUUUGCGACGCAUGAGGAUGCAGUGGCAGCCAUGUCGAAGGACAAGGCCAGCAUGCAGCACCGUUAUAUUGAGCUGUUCCUAAACUCAACAGCAGGGGGCAACAGUGGAGGCUAUAGCAGCCAGAUGAUGGGAGGAAUGGGCAACCAGUCCUCGUAUGGGCACAGUAGCCAACAGAUGAACACAGGAUACCAAGGAGGCUACAGUGGACAGUCAAGCAUGGGAGGCUACAAUGAUUACAGUAACCAGAGCGGAAUGAACAGCAGUUACUAUGGAGGCAGCCGGGGAUCGGUGGGCAUGAAUGGGAUGGGUGCAGGUUGGGGGAUGUGAGGGUUCAACAGAUUCUAGCAUGUUUAAGUGGGUUUUGUUUUUCAUUUUCUUUCUCUCUUUUUGUUUUUUUAGAUACCAUACAGACAACAUCUGUAAUGCCUGCAAGAUAAAACAAGGCCAAGGUUUUAUUUUUAUCCCUCUGUUCUGUAACCUUGUUACUAGAAUCAGCGCAUCCAUUUUAUUUUGACUUGUAAAGUGAAGAUAACAAUGUGGGUUGCAAAAAAUUGGUCCCGUCUGGCUUGAAGUUGCACAGUUUGUAACCAGUCCCAGCCAAGUGUGCUUUUUGUAUAUACGGUGAUGACCGCUUGUGACAAGCUGCAAACAUUUCUAGCUCUUCCUCUGAUGAGGUCAAAUGUUCUUUACCUUUGGAUUUAAUAUCAACUUUUUAUAAUGUCAACAAGCAUUGUUGGAAUAGUUUUCUGUUUGUUUGUUUUUGUAUUGAAAUGGGGGAAAAAACAUUUUCUUCAUGCAAAUUUAAUACAUGUGAUAUGCAUAUUUUUUAUUAAUAUUCUUAAGGAUAUUUCAUUUACUCCAACAAUCUCUUGUUUGGUUGUCCACAGUAAAUAAACUUCUUCAACAAUG